GGCGAGGUGACGCAGGCGUAAUAAUAGAGAAGGUGCCAGAAAGAUCCAAAACAAGUGGCUGCGGCCGUCGCCCGGGAGUCAUCGGACGCCGGAAUCCGGUGAGGAUCCAGAGAGGCCUCUGGGCUGCUAGUGGCCCCGGCUCUGAGCCUUCAGCCCCCUCCCUUGGGAAUGGAGCUAUCCGGGUCGACCCCAGCCCCGAGCUGGGAGGAGGAUGAAUGCCUGGACUACUACGGGAUGCUGUCGCUUCACCGCAUGUUCGAGGUGGUGGGCGGACAACUGACCGAGUGCGAGCUGGAGCUUCUGGCCUUCUUGCUGGAUGAGUCCCCUGGCGCCGCCGGCGGCUUGGCUCGCGCCCGCAGCGGCCUGGAGCUAUUGCUGGAGCUGGAGCGCCGCGGGCAGUGCGACGAGAGCAACCUGCGGCUGCUGGGGCAGCUCCUGCGCGUGCUGGCCCGCCACGACCUGCUGCCGCACCUGGCUCGCAAGCGGCGCCGGCCAGUGUCUCCAGAACGAUACAGCUAUGGCACCUCCAGCUCUUCUUCCAAAAGGACAGAAGGCAGUUGUCGUCGCCGUCGGCAGUCAAACAGUUCUUCAGAUUCUCAGCAGGGUCAGUGGGAGACAGGCUCCCCACCAACCAAGCGGCAGCGGCGGAGUAGGGGCCGGCCCAGUGGUGGUGCCAGACGGCGGCGGAGAGGAGGGCCGGCCACCCCACAGCAGCAGGAGCCAGCCAGGCCGGCCUCGGAAGGCAAGGUGACCUGUGACAUCCGGCUCCGGGUUCGAGCAGAGUACUGUGAGCACGGGCCAGCCUUGGAACAGGGCGUGGCGUCGCGGCGGCCCCAGGCGCUGGCUCGGCAGCUGGACGUGUUCGGGCAGGCCACGGCCGUGCUGCGCUCUCGGGACCUGGGCUCCGUGGUGUGUGACAUCAAGUUCUCGGAGCUCUCCUAUCUGGACGCCUUCUGGGGCGACUACCUGAGUGGUGCCCUGCUGCAGGCCCUGCGGGGCGUGUUCCUGACUGAGGCCCUGCGCGAGGCCGUGGGCCGGGAGGCUGUCCGCCUGCUGGUCAGCGUGGAUGAGGCCGACUACGAGGCCGGCCGGCGCCGCCUGUUGCUGAUGGAGGAGGAAGGGGGGCGACGUGCCACGGAGGCCUCCUGAUCCUGGAUCUGGCAGGACUGACCCCACCUCCGUGUCUCCGGGCCACCUUCUCCCUCGGAGGACGACCAUCUCUGCCCCUAGAGAACUGUCAUCCAGCAGCUCUAGCUCUGAGGACUGCAACCAGGCGGCAGGCCCCUCCCACAGGAUGUGGGCUCUGAGGCCUAAACCACUUCCAGCUGUUUCCUUCCCAAACUUCCUCACCCCAGGUGUGUUCCCUCAGCCACAGGAGGCCGGGGGCUCAGGCCUGCCCAUCCCUGAAGGGAGGGAGGUAUAGCCCCACACUCACCAAAGGCCCCUGUGCAUUGUUUCUGGUCCUGGGCUGUGUGCACCUGCACACAUGUGCACACACACAUCAUCCCCUCCGGAAUCUUCCCUGUGCCCCUCACCUGCCCUAAGGGCUUCUCUCAGGAUCGCAAAUUUGACUGCCCCCAACCUGGGCUUCAGCCACUCAGUGGGCGCUGGAGCUGGGAGCACAGGGGCCCCGCUCACCUUGCCCACAUGUCUCUAGCAGCCGGCCAGGGCUCUGGCCAGCUUCCACACACAGGCCCGGCUCACCUCACCUCCCCCUGCUCCCCAGAGCUGGACACAGAUUUGCACUGGGACCCUCACCCAGGGUGCGUCGUGGGGAUGUUGUGGCAGCAUCAGACCAAGGCCUGCUCUUGUCCAUGGGGCCAAAACCAGAAAGCAGCUGUCUUCUUGGAAUGGGAAGACAAAGGCUUGGGGACUGAUGGAAAAGACCUUCAAUAAACAGCACCAAUAAAACUGCCCUGGAAAGGGCAUAGGUGGGCA